AUGGGUCUCCUGGCUGAUGUCACCGGCCCUCUGGCCAACUUUACAUCCCAGUCGUCCACGCCUGUCGUCGCUUCUGCCGCCUUCGCCUCCUUUAUCCUGCUCUCCGUCGUCCUCAAUGUACUGAAGCAGUUGCUGUUCAAGAAGGCGAAUGAGCCGCCCAUGGUCUUCCAUUGGCUGCCUAUAAUUGGUAGUACAGUCACAUAUGGCAUGGAUCCGUAUGCCUUCUUCUUCGCGAAUCACAAGAAGUAUGGCAAUGUCUUUACAUUUAUUCUUCUCGGCCGCAAGAUGACUGUGUGUCUGGACACGGCGGGCAACAACUUCAUCCUAAAUGGAAAGAUCAAGGACGUCAACGCCGAGGAGAUUUACUCUCCCCUCACCACACCCGUCUUCGGCAAGGACGUCGUGUAUGAUUGUCCAAACUCGAAACUCAUGGAGCAGAAAAAGUUUGUCAAGUACGGUCUCACGCAGGAGGCCCUCCGUUCCUACGUCACCCUCAUCACACAAGAAUGCGAAGACUUUAUGAAGCGCCACAAGGCUUUCAAGGGAGAAAAGGGCACUUUUGACGUGACCAAGGUCAUGGCUGAGCUCACCAUCUACACCGCCUCUCGUUCGCUCCAGGGCGAGGAAAUCCGCAAGUCUUUCGAUUCAAAGUUUGCCGAACUGUACCACGACCUCGAUAUGGGCUUUUCGCCUAUAAACUUUAUGCUCUCAUGGGCCCCGCUUCCUCACAACCGCGCACGCGACAAUGCACGCGAGACCAUGAUAAAGCUAUACUCGGAUCUGGUUCGCAAGCGCAGGUCGGGCGCCGUGAAGAAGGACUCGCACGACAUGAUUUGGCACCUGAUGGACUGCAAGUACAAGGACGGCACCCAGGUGCCCGAACACGAGAUUGCUGGCAUCAUGAUUGCCCUGCUCAUGGCCGGACAGCAUUCGUCUUCCUCAACCAUCGCAUGGAUCCUUCUCCGCCUCGCGCAGAACCCGCACGUUAUUGAGGAAUUACUUGCCGAGCAAAAGUCCAUCCUAGGCAAAAACCUCCCCGCCCUAACCUACGACGACCUCCAGAAGCUUCCCCUCCAUGCCCAGGUUGUCAAGGAAACCCUCCGUAUCCACGCCCCCAUUCACUCCAUCAUGCGCAAGGUCAAGCAACCUCUUGUUGUCGAUGGAACAAACUACGUUGUUCCCACUUCCCACACACUCAUGUCCUCGCCCGGUUUCUCCGCACAGCUCGAUACCCACUUUGUCAACCCCGCUGUCUGGGACCCCCACCGUUGGGAUCCAGACCAAAACAACUACGACGAAGAGCGCGACGACGCCGACCAGGAGAAGAUUGACUAUGGCUGGGGUGUCGUGUCCAAGGGAACCAACUCACCAUAUCUUCCCUUUGGCGCUGGACGGCAUCGUUGUAUUGGGGAGCAAUUCGCCUACCUGCAACUACAGACUAUUCUAGUAGCAUUUGUGAGAGAGUUCAAGUUCAGGAACGUUGGUGGUAGCAAAGACAUUGUUAGCACCGACUACACCAGUCUCUUCUCCCGCCCACUAGCACCUGGCAUAGUUGAGUGGGAGAGGCGGCAGAACCUAUAA